ACAAUCUUUGGUUUCAGAGCCACUAUGGCCCCUGUAACGCGAGCCUCCAAGCCCAAGCUCACACCUGCGCCUGCGCCUGCGCCGAGCAAGGCAGACGCGCCCAACCCAAAGAAAGCAAACAUCCCGCUCCGGUCCAUCGAGAGCCACAAUGGCGUUCAGAAGCCCUCCCAGAAGCGCAAGGCCCGCUAUAGAAGCAAGAAGCGACAGCAAGCCCUCGCCGCUCUCGAAGAGGUGACCAGAGACCCCGAGCAGACUCUCGCCAAGGCACAGCUGGCCGCCGUCCGGGCAGCCAUACACCAGCCUUGGACCGCCCGUUCUGGCCUCUCGAGAAAGAUCAAGAAACUGGAGAAGCUGGUGCUGACGCAGAAGGGGGAGAUCGAGGACCUUAAGAAACAGGUCGGCAGCCCUGCCGAGCAAGGCCGAGACCUGUCUCGCGCCCAAGACAGCAAGCCCAAGGCUGGUGACGAUCAUGAUGCUCGAGGCAGUCGACGAACAACCAGGAGGGGCGUCGCUUAGUAUGCGAGCCAGCUCUUCUCGAGGUUUUUCUGACCUUGCUGUACUGAUGCAGCCGCAUGCGCGCAUUGCAAUAAAUAUGUACCAACAAACUCAAUGAUCAUGACUGAUAACGCCUCGCGUCGGCAUCCAUGGCCGGUAGCCCUGCCGAUCUGACCGAGAACCACUACACCCCUCAUGAGCUGACCUCCGAUCAGCCCAUGCUAUCGAUCACAAUCAAUUUCAUACGACUUGUGUUAUUUAAUAUG